AUGGAGCCGGGGCUGGAGCGCUGGGCGCACGGCGCGCUGUGGGCGGCCCUGGCCGGCAGCCUGGCGCUGCGGGGCCGCGGCCCGGGCCGGGGGCUGGUGCUGCCGCUGGCGCUGCUGGCCGCGCUGCAGAGCCUGUGCCGCGCCUGCCUGCCGCUGCCCCUGGGGCUCGCCCUGGCCGCCGCCGCCGCCUGCCUGCUGCUGUGGCGGGCGGGGCCCCGCAGGCUGCUGCCGGUGGCGGGCAGAGCCGUCCUGGUCACAGGCUGUGACUCGGGCUUUGGGCAGGCCACAGCCAGGCACCUGGACGCUCUGGGCUUCAGGGUGUUCGCCAGCGUGCUGGACCCGCAGGGCCCCGGCGCACAGGAGCUGCACAGGAGCUGCUCAGCCAGGCUGACGCUGCUGCAGAUGGACCUGACCAAGCCCGAGGAUAUCCAGCGAGUCCUGCAGCACGUCCAGACCCACACCAACAGCACAGGGCUGUGGGGCCUGGUGAACAACGCCGGCUUCAACGACACCAUCGCCGACGCCGAGCUGUCGCCGCUCGGCAAGUUCCGCAGCUGCAUGGAGGUGAACUUCUUCGGCUCGCUGGAGCUCACCAAGGGGCUGCUGCCCCUGCUCCGCUCCGCCGGCGGCCGCAUCGUCACCAUCAGCAGCCCCGCGGGUGACAUGCCAUUCCCCUGCCUGGCAGCCUACGGGGCCUCGAAGGCAGCGCUCAGCCUGCUCAUGGACACCUUCCGCAGCGAGCUCCAGCCCUGGGGCAUCAAAGUCAGCCUCAUCCUGCCUGGCUACUACAAAACAGGGACGACGUGUGACCCUGCCUUCUGGAAGCUGCAGCAGCAGCAGCUGGUGGCCAGCCUGCCCCAGGAGCUGCUGCAGGCCUACGGCGAGGACUACGUGGAAGAGAUCAACCAGCAGUUCAUCCAGUUCAUGAGGCAGGCGGUGGAGGACCUGAGCGCCGUGGUGAACAGCAUCACGGACGGGCUGCUGGCCGCCAACCCCGCCACGCGCUACUACCCGGGCCGGGGGCUGGGCCUCAUGUACUUCAUCCACCGCUACCUCCCCUGCUUCGUGCGAGACUUGUUCUUGAAAGGCUUCUUCAUCAACCCCAAGCUGCCGCGAGCGCUGCGGCAGCAGCAGCAGCAGGGCCAGGCCAAGGCGGGCUGAGCCGUGCCGUGCCGUGCCGUGCCAAGGGAACCGUCAGCAGCAGGCGGCCCGGCCCCGGCUGCUCUCUGCAGUCACGCAGAUCUCGCACAUCUAUUUUCUACUGGGCAACAAUCAGCGUUUUCUAGAGACCUCGUUUUUUGGUAUCUUUUCUAACCGUGUGUCCUCCCGAGGAGCCCCGGCCCGGCCCAGCCCCGGCGGCUGCCAUGGAGCCGGGCCCUUCCCUCGCCGGCAUCGUGCCGCCGCUGCCGUGGGGACACAGCCCGAGGGCUGCCCGUGCCAGGCUGCCCGUGCCACGGGGCUCUCGCCACAGCAACUACCUGAUUUGUCACUUCUACAAUAAAUUUUUUCUUGGUA